AUGGAGAAAAGCGAGUCAACCAAGAUUGAGAUUGCAGAGACGAGCAAAGAAAGGAAAGGGAAAGCGCCGCUUUUGGGGGCGGUACCACCAGUGGCGGCCGAGCAUGUAAGGGGACGGUACAAGAGGGGCAUUUCUAUAUUCGACCUUAUACUGAGAAUAAGCGCCAUGUCUUUAGCUUUGGCUGCAACAGUCAUCAUGGGCACCGCUGAACAAACCCUUCCUUUCUUCACUCAGUUCUUCCAGUUCCAAGCCAGUUACGACGAUCUCCCAACUUUCGCAUUCUUUGUUGUGGCAAUGGCAAUAGUUUCAGGAUACCUUGUCCUCUCCAUACCCUUCUCAAUUGUGUGUAUCGCCCGCCCUCUUGCAGUUGGACCAAGGCUCCUCCUAAUUAUCCUUGACACCAUGAUUGUCACAUUGACAACUGCUGCAGCUGGAUCAUCUGCUGCAAUAGUUUACUUGGCUCACAAUGGGAAUUCAGAUGCAAAUUGGUUGGCAAUAUGUCAGCAGUUCACUGAUUUCUGCCAAACGACUAGUGAGGCAGUGGUGGCGGCAUUCAUCGCCGUCGCUCUCCUCGUUUUCAUGAUUGUUCUGUCUGCUUUCGCUCUUCGGAAACAUUAA